AUGCUCUCCAAGGUCCUUGCGUUGGCCGCCCUCCUGGGCCCGGCUGCUGCCCAGGUGGUGGGGACGGAGACGACCGAGACGCACCCCAAGAUGACUUGGCAGAAGUGCAGUGCCGGCGGCUCCUGCACCAACGUGAACGGUGAGGUGACCAUCGACUCCAACUGGCGUUGGGUCCACGACAAGAACGGCUACACCAACUGCUACAGCGGUAACGCCUGGAACUCGACCAUCUGCAAGGACGACAAGUCCUGCGCCUCCAACUGCGCCCUGGACGGUGCCGACUACCCCGGCACGUACGGCGCGUCGACCAGCGGCAAUGCCUUGACCCUUAAGUUCGUCACUGAGGGUGACUACUCUACCAACAUCGGCUCGCGCCUGUACCUGAUGGCUGGCGCGGACAAGUACCAGAUGUUCACCCUGCUCGGCAACGAGUUCACCUUUGACGUUGACACAUCCAAGCUCGGAUGCGGCCUCAACGGCGCCCUGUACUUCGUCUCUAUGGACGAGGACGGUGGCAAGUCCAAGUACUCGGGUAACAAGGCUGGAGCCAAGUACGGUACUGGCUAUUGCGAUGCCCAGUGCCCGCGCGACCUCAAGUUCAUCAAUGGCGAAGCCAAUGUUGCCGGCUGGAAGGAGUCAUCGAACGAUCAGAACGCUGGUGUGGGCCAGUACGGCUCCUGCUGCACUGAGAUGGAUAUCUGGUAG